AUGGUUCGUGCAUUGGUUGAUGCUGGUGCUGAUGUCAAUAUAACUGAUGAAGAAGACAGAACUCCUUUGUUUUAUGCUGUGCAACAAAGAAACAACGAGAGUGUGGUUCGUGCAUUGAUUGAUGCUGGUGCUGAUGUUAACAUGACUGAUAAUGAUGGCGAAACUGCUUUAUUUCAUGCUGUCCAACAAAGUAACAACGAAAGUGUGGUUCGUGCACUGAUUGAUGAUGGUGGUGCAUUCGUCAAUGUGCGUGAUGUUUAUGGGAGAAAACCAUUGUUUUACGCUCUCGACUGUCCAAAGUCAGCUCGUAUUCUUGUUAAAAAGGGACAAAAACAAUUCUUUCAUUUGAAGGAUAACUGUAAUUGCAACAUUUUGGACUUUUUCGUUGAAAGACAUUUAUUCAAAGAUGAUAUUAAAGACUUUCUUUCACAAGAUAUCCCUGGGGACUUUUUCCAAUUGCUUGAAGAAUGUGGAGUACAGAAAAUAACAUUUGCUAAAGCAAUUUUAAAUAUGGUUUUCUGUAAGUUUUCUUUGAUGUUCCUAGAAAGGUCAAAGUUAGAGCAGAAGAGAGAUAUGCCCUUUAGAUGUUGUAGUCAAAUUCAUAUUACUAAAGCCCUGAAACAAGCUAGUCAGUUUAUUGAUAAUCAUUGGGAAGUGGAAUCUUUGAUUUGGCUGGUAAAUGRAAAAUGUACAAAUGGAGAAAARGUAMCAGAAGCUUUACGAUUAUUGGUUGAGUUAGGUGCCGAUCCUAAUAGUGUUGAUUCAUAUGGUAAUACAGCCCUUCACUAUGCGACUUGUUUACCGUUGAUUGGUGUGCCUCAAAAGAUCGUGAAGGAGAUUUGUUUUCAGCUGGAGAAUUUUGGUGUACAAUUAAACUUGAGAAAUCAUGAGAAUCAAACACCUCUUAUGUUUUGUUUGUCUCAAAACAAACUUGACAGAUUAAGAGAUAAUCAAACUACAUCUUCUGCGAUUCAAGCAGUGGUUGAAGUCUGUAACGUUUUGUCAAAACACGGAUCUAGCAGUGAAGAAAGGUCUCGAAUUGGAAAAACUGUUUUUCAUUUAAUACUAGAGCUUUUCCAGCAAGGACUUUGUUUAAGUGAUAAGACGGUAAGACAAGAUGUCAUGCAUGAAACAAUGAAGCUUUUACAAUUAUUUUCAUCUGCAAAAGUAGCAAAAACACAGAUUAUUAACAUACGUGAUGCUGAUCUCAACUCACCACUGCACCUUUGGGCAUCACUAGAAUUACCAUCACCUCAAGACUAUACCAGUAAUGUUACUAAAGAUCUCACAUUUGACAAAUUCUUACAAACAUUGUUAAACUACCUC